AGGCUUUGAAGGGAAUGAAUUGGAUGGUGGAUGGAAAGUCUUUCUUGCUUUGUCUUGUGGUGUAAUUUCUUUUAUCACUUAUGGCAUCAGUUACACCUAUUUUUGGUAUUUCAUUUUCUCCACACCCAUGCUUUCCAAUCUGCAAAGCUCUGGGCUUUGUAAUGUCAAAAUUUCUGGUUCCUGUCUAAUUUGAACACAUUUUGAAUGGAUCAGUCCAAUCCAUAGAAAUGCACCAGUUUCUAUUUCUGUUAUAUACAUGAUUAUUUGCUAACAACAUAAUCCUUAGGGUUAAUUGCUAUAAUUCUUUUUUCAAUACAUGUUGCAGUUGGUGAUUUGAACCACUUGAUCUCUGCAACCAUGAGUGGGGUUACCUGCUGCCUCAGGUUCCCUGGUCAACUCAAUUCUGACCUUCGGAAGCUUGCUGUAAACUUGAUUCCAUUCCCUCGUCUCCACUUUUUCAUGGUUGGGUUUGCUCCUCUGACCUCCCGUGGAUCCCAGCAGUACCGUGCCCUCACUGUCCCAGAACUAACCCAACAAAUGUGGGAUGCAAAGAAUAUGAUGUGUGCUGCAGACCCAAGGCAUGGUCGCUACCUCACUGCUUCAGCCAUGUUUAGGGGUAAGAUGAGCACCAAGGAAGUGGAUGAGCAAAUGAUCAAUGUCCAAAACAAGAACUCUUCCUACUUUGUGGAGUGGAUUCCUAACAAUGUUAAAUCUAGCGUCUGUGACAUUCCACCAAGAGGGCUCUCAAUGGUGUCCACUUUUAUUGGGAACUCAACCUCCAUCCAGGAAAUGUUCAGGAGAGUUAGUGAACAGUUCACUGCCAUGUUUAGGAGAAAAGCUUUCUUGCACUGGUAUACUGGUGAAGGUAUGGAUGAAAUGGAGUUCACAGAAGCUGAGAGCAACAUGAAUGAUCUUGUGUCUGAAUAUCAGCAAUACCAGGAUGCUACUGCUGAUGAGGAAGGAGAAUAUGAGGAGGAGGAGGAAGGAAUGGAGCACAUGUGAGGCAAGAUAGAACACAAAGGUACCAUGUUAUAUAUGAUAUCAUGCAUGUGUAUUUCUACCUGGUAUGUGAGUGAAAAACCUUUCUCUAAAAUUGUAUUUGUCCUCGAAGUGCAUCCAUAGAGCAAGGAGAAUCACAAUGUUCUCCCAGGAAAAUAGUAAAGAUGUGGAGAGAUAUUAUAAGUGGGAAUGUUUAGGUAUAUGUUUGAAAGCAGUUUUUGUUGUACUUGUAUGCUUGGUUUUGUACCCUUUUUACUUCUCAUACUGACAGUAUCCCGUAUUUUGAUCAAUGGUAAUGUGCCCUACAAAAUACAAUUUAAAAAUUUGG